GACAGUUUUUAGCGUAGCCCGUUGACACCAAUAACGACAACGUUGAGCUUCUCUGUUCUUCCACAAUUCACCACCAACAAUUCACGAACAACCUACGAGAUGUCCUACCGCCAACACGACGUCGAAGACCGUACCUCUCGCAAACGUACGCGCUCGAGCUCCCCCCCACCAUGGCGUAAAGAAAAAGAAGCGCAUCGGUCGUCGCGGCCCGACGAAGCCAGCGGCGGUGGUGACGACGACCGUCGUCGGCACGAUCGGAACAUGAAAGAGCAGACACGACUCAACGCUCUACAGGAAGCAGAGCAGGCACGUCAGUGGGUUCAGCAGGAGGAUGUGUUUGUACUUAAGCAGGCAAAGAAGAAGGCGGAGAUUCGGGUGAAGGAGGGCCGUGCGAAGCCGAUUGACUGGCUUGCGGUGAAUCUGCGCGUCAUUGAUGAUACGGAACGGAAUCCGCUUGAAGAUGAGAUCCCAGACGAUGAUCUAGAUGUCGUUGAUCCGGAGAGUAUACUGGAAAACCUGGGGGAGAAGGAGCUCGCAGAGUUGCAGACGGAUAUCGAGGCGUACAUUUCGCUCGAGACCAACCGGGUUAAUAAUGAGUUCUGGAGGACUAUGAAGAUCCUAUGCGCCGACCGCCGCUCGAAGCUGAGUAGCGUCAACCCGGACGGAAACCGUGCAGUCGGUUCGGUUGCAAGCGACGUCGACAAGCUUCUCGGCAGCAAAACGCUCUCGGAACUCGAAACACUAGAGGAACAGAUUGUGAAGAAACUCAAUUCCAAUGAGCCUAUCGACGUCGACUACUGGAAUGAGCUUCUGCGCAGCUUGCGCAUCUGGAAAGCUAAAGCUAGUCUCAAGAACGUCUACUCACGCGUCAUCGCUAACCGCCUUGCAAUAUUGCGGAAACAGCAGCAGGAAGAGGCGGAGACGGUACGCCAGAAGUUAGAAGCAAUUCUCGGGCCAAAAGACGUGGUCGAGGAAGGAAGCGAGAACCCAAACACCGAGAAGGCAUACCGCGACGCGCCUCUCGUGCUCUACUCCCGCGAGAUGGAUCCAGAGCCUUUGCUGAAGCUCCGGUACGAAGACAAAGGCUUCGAGGUUAUGGAUGAGAAAGAAUUUCUCGCCUCGAUAACGGCGAAGCGAAAGAAGAUCCACAAAAUGGGCUAUGUCCCGCACAAGCCUCGCCCGCAAGACAAGGUUGUGUCCACCAAAUCUCUCUGGCCUACAUCUCCCUCGAAGCCCGAGUCCUCAACAGCAGUCGCCCCUACCUCACGCUUCGCAGCAGUUUUUAACGAUGAUUUCUCGCAAGCCACCAAGGCACUCUAUGAGCGAGAAGUUGCUCGCGGCGUCUCCGACAACGAAGAGAUCUUUACCGGCGAGGAAGAAGUGUCCACCGCCAAACCCGCCUGGGCGGACAAAUACCGCCCCCGCAAGCCCCGCUACUUCAACCGCGUGCAGAUGGGCUACGAAUGGAACAAAUACAAUCAGACACACUACGACCACGACAACCCACCGCCCAAGGUCGUCCAGGGGUACAAAUUCAAUAUCUUCUACCCAGAUCUCAUCGACAAAUCGAAGGCGCCAACCUACCGGAUCGAGCGAGAAGGAGGGAGGAAGCGUGGGCAAAGCUUUGCGCCCGCGGGUGAAGAGGAUACGUGUCUCAUCCGCUUCAUUGCCGGUCCGCCGUACGAAGACAUCGCGUUUCGGAUCGUGGAUAAGGAGUGGGAUUACUCUGCGAAGCGGGAGCGCGGGUUUAAGAGUAGCUUCGAGAAAGGGAUUCUCCAGCUGCAUUUCCAGCUCAAGAAGAUUUACUACCGCAAAUGAGGAGGGGCCAGUAGGGGUUUGGUUGGACUUUCCUUGGUGUUGUUGGGCGUGUUUUAGUUGUUUUCUUGUAUGAAUUGAAUGAAUGAAGAGAGAGAGAAGGGGAGAGGGAGCUUCGUGAUAUUCGUAUGUAUCGCUAGAGGUCGCAUUAGGUGACGGCAACAGAUCUUCUUGCCGGCCAAGCGAUGUUCAUUGGUCAUUGGUCACUGGUCACUGCUAUACUCAGAAAGUGUAUGUACCGUAUAACUAACUAGAACCAGAGGGAGCAGUGGACUCUAAGCGCUGUGGCGUGGACGAAAAUCGCAUAUUGAACUGCGAGCCUUUUUGUCUCAGGUGGUGAGUUGCUGCAGAAAUCUAUUGGUCGAUUGGGUACCAAUCAGUCGGAAC